UGACAAUUGCCAUGUAUCAUUUUUCAUACUGGUUAAAGUGUGGUUACGUUAUGUAUUUUAGUUUUAGGUAUUUUCAUUUUCUCUUCCAAAAUAAAUAGGGAAUGACUUCGAGAAAUGACGAGGACGACAACGGAUUUGCGGAAUGGGGGGGCUACAUGGCCGCAAAGAAAGCGAAGCUCGUCGAGCAGUACGAGCAGCAAGCCUCCUCGUCGAAGAAACAGUCGGACAUCCUGACCGGGGUCGCGAUCUACGUAAACGGCUACACGUCGCCUUCGGCCGAGGAGCUCAAGAUCUUAAUGUCGGCGCACGGCGGCGUUUACCACACGUACCAAAUGCCGAAGACGACUCACAUCGUCGCCUCGAUCUUACCGAACGCGAAGGUGAAGCAACUCGGCAGCGUUCCCAUCGUUAAGGCCACGUGGAUAUCGGAUAGUAUCGCCGCGGGCGCGCUUCUGGACCACCGGAAGUAUCUGCUGUACACGGGUCACGACGACAAACAGCCGAAAUUGGACUGCGUUAGACCGAAGACGCUUACGGCGGCCGACCCCGGUUUUCUCUCCGAGUUUUAUAAUAACUCGCGACUACACCUCAUCUCGACUUUGGGCGCCGAAUACAAGCAGUUGGUGAACCAGUUGAGGGAGAAGUCGAACGGCGUCUACCCGGGCAGGGAACGGCUGAGGACAUUACCGCGGGGUCUCGCGCCGUCUGAAAGGGUGGUGAUGCACAUCGACAUGGAUUGCUUCUUCGUGUCGGUCGGACUGAGAAGCAGGCCGCAGUUGCGAGGUCGACCGGUUGCGGUCACGCACGGGCGGGGCACGCCGAUAAAUCGUCCACAGGCUAGUGUCGAGUGCGAGAACGAGCUCGUGAAGAAGUAUUUCCCGAACGAGAAUUUCGAGGAUGUGGAUUCGCACGGGUCGAUGGCGGAGGUGGCGAGCUGCAGUUACGAGGCUCGGCAGUGCGGCGUGCGCAAUGGUAUGCUUCUAGGUAACGCCUUGAAAAUUUGCUCCGACCUGAAAACGAUCCCCUACGACUUUGAGGGCUAUCGCGAGGUCUCGACGGCGUUGUAUAAGACCAUUGCCGAGUACACGCUCGAUAUCGAGGCGGUGAGCUGCGACGAGAUGUACGUCGACGUGGCUCCGAUUUUGGCCGCUGCAAACAUUACGGUCGAAGAUUGGGCGACUCACAUUCGCAAGGAAGUGAUUGCGGUCACCGGUUGUCCGUGCUCAGCGGGGUUCGGCGCAAAUCGGCUUCAGGCCCGUUUGGCCAAUAAGAGGGCGAAGCCGGCCGGUCAGUUCUAUUUGAGGCCCGACGACGUCGAGACUUACAUGGCGCAGGUCAGCCUGUCCGAUUUGCCGGGGGUUGGUUCGGCAACCGUCGCGAAACUUACCAAAAUGGGUUUACAUAAAUGUGGUGAUUUACAGACAGUUUCAAGAGGCCAAAUCCAGGCGGAACUGGGCAACAAGAUCGGACAAACCGUCGCGGAUCUCGCGAACGGCAUCGAUCACAAACCGCUCAACUUCCAUCACGAACGCAAGUCCGUCUCGGCGGACGUGAACUACGGCAUCCGCUUCAAGGACAAGACCGAGGCGUCGAACUUCCUGCAGUCGCUUUCGGCGGAGGUCUGCGCGCGUUUGAAGGACGUCGGAAUGCGCGCGAGAUGCCUGACGCUGAAGCUGCUGGUGCGCGCGCCCGACGCCCCCGUAGAACCGGCCAAGUACCUCGGCUGCGGCGUCUGCAAUACGAUCACCCGCUCGACGACGUCGGCGGGCGCACUCGGCGACGCGGCUAGCAUCUACAGGGAGGCGAAGGUCUUGCUCGAUCGCUGCGCGGUCAAUCCCCGCGAGCUUCGCGGCGUCGGCGUACAGUUGACGCGUCUCGAGGCGACGCCGCCCCGCAACACCGCCAUUAAGCGAUUCCUCCAGGGGGAAGUCAAGGCGUCGGCGAGUAACAAGAUCGAUUUGCGCACCUCCGAUGAGCUUCCCAACCGUAUUACACCUGAGGUUGUUUACGAGUACCCGGGGGAGAAAUCGCCCUUCGAAAGCUUGACUUUGGACGAACUGCGGCCGCUCAUCUUAAAGUGGCUGGAAUCGACAGCGACCCCUAAGAAUAUUGAUGUGACGCUUCUGGCGGAGUACCUGAAACAACUGGCCAUUGAUAGACAAAUUGAACGACUGAAGGUGGUCCUCAGUUUCUUGUACAGGCACAUCUCCAGAUUGGGGUCCUGCAAGUGGCACGACGCCUAUUGGAAAUUAAUCGACAUCGUCCAAGAGGGAAUGGUGGCACGUUACGGCGGCACGAUGCUGGUCGAGCGCAGCUUCUGUUGUUCUGUACAUUCGUAGGAAAAUAAAUAAACGAGACUAUGGUUUA